CUUCCGGGUACAAACAAACUACAACAUGGCGCUGUCAAUUUUGUACUGGUCGAGAUACGUCGACGGCCAUGUGAAGCUUACAAGAAAAAGUGAAGCAGCGGUAGAAAGCGGGAGAGUAUUACGAUUUUCCAUCGAUGAACUGAGAGUGAUACAGGCAAAUGUUCAGGCAUCCAUGAGAGAUACGUCGUAUUCUGUCCAGAUAUUCCUAGAGCAAGAAAACAAUGGUGCAGUGCAGUCUACACGUUGCCAAUGCCCUAUGGCUGAGUAUAAAUGCCAUCAUGUAGCAACAGUCUUGUUGUUUGGGUACAAGAGAGCUAGCAAAACAGAUAUAAAAUGCAGUUGGCUCAAACAUCCGAAGUCAGCACCUCCAAAGACUACAGUUACAAUGACUGACUUAUAUCCCCCAAGGCAACAAGAGUACAGGGCUCUUAAGAGGACUGUCACAGCAGACGACAGAUCAUUUCUAUAUAACUGCCUAGGGCAGUUAGGGCGUUUCACAGCUUUACACUGGAUUCUGUUGGAGGAACCCAAGCCGCCACAACUUCCAUUACCACUGAUUGAAGAUGUGUUAUUAAGCCCAGGAUACCUUUCAUCACAAGAUCCACGCACAUAUUUUAGGCGAUCACUUGUUCUGUCCCAGGAAAAGAUAACCCAGAUAGCCUUCAUGACAACCGGGCAGAGGGAAAACUCCCUUUGGGCAGCCGCCAGAAAGCUCCAAUUCACUGCCUCCAACUUUGGACAAAUAAUUGCUGCUUCCAAACGCAAUCGAUUAUGUGCAUCCCUGAAGAAACGGCUACUGAGCGCCUACAAUCUUCAGAAGAGGGCGCCUAUCCAGUGGGGAAUAACUCAAGAGAAAAAUGGGUUAGAUGCAUAUUGCAGAACUGGAGGGGUGACAUUGGUACAAACUGGCAUUUGGCUUCAUGAAUCAGGCAUCCUUGUGGCUUCACCUGACGGGUUUGUUCAAGGAGAUUAUUGUGGCCGCGUUCACCUCCAAGAUAAGGAACAGCCAGUAAUGUCACCAGACAUCAUCGAGGUGAAGUGCCCUUUCUCUGCCAAGGACAUGACUAUUACGGAGGCAUGCCAUUCAAACAAAGACUUCUACCUAGACCUAUCACCAGAUGGCAGGAUGUGCUUGAAACGCUCACAUGACUACUGGCACCAAAUUCAGGGACAGCUUCAUAUUACUGGCACUCAGUGUUGUGAUUUGGUUGUUUGGACAACGAAAGACAUGCAAAUUGUUAGAAUAUUAAAAGACAAUUCUUGGGCAAUUAAUAUGUCUUCUAUGAUUGAUUUUUACAUGUUGACAUUUUUACCAUCUCUUAAAUGAAGAUAUACUUUAUUGAGUUUAUUUUCUUCAUGAAAAUGAUGAAUGUACUAAUGUAAUAGCUGACACUGAAAAUGGACCAUUGUCAGAGUUUGACACUGCCAUUAUAAAAGAUUUAGUAGUCUGUAUCACAUUCAAUGUUAACUAUCAAACAGUGCUUUAACAAACUUCUGUCAUCUUUGAAAACUAUUUUAAAGUUUGAAAAUUUGUUAAUUGAAUCAAUUAUUUUAAACAAAAGGGAAGUCCUGCGAUCAUUACAGAAACUCUUUUUAUAUAAAAAAAGCUGGAUCACAUGGCGUAUGCACAAUUAACCUCAAUUCUCGUUUUAAAUUUGACCUUAUGCACAGAAAUUUGGUGUGUUAUUUUAAAUUUCAUACAGGUGGUGUUUGAUUAUCAUGCACAGGACACAAACUGAAGUAAAAGAAAGAUCUUUU